ACUGAUUGAAUGAUAAUUUUGUCGUCAUUUUUAUAAUACAUAUAAUAAUAACAAAACUAAUUGUCAUUCAAUUGAAUUGUUUUUUCAUUUAUUUAUUAUAUAAUUAAAACUAAUUAAUGAAUCAAUAAUUGAGACCAUUAUUGACAAAAUCAAACCAAAUGAAUGACAAAUGAUUUAAUUACAAGAGAGAAGAGACAUAACAGUGACUGACCUGUUGUUCAUAAUUUGGUCCCAUUUUUGUCAGUCUUCAGAUCAGUGAUGUCGACAUCGCAGUCGUCAUCGGAAGCAUUGUUUGCGUGCACGCGAUGUAACUCAAGACAUCCAUUUGAAGAGCUAUCACAGGGACAACAAUUGUGUAAAGAAUGUCGCGGAGCCUUUCCUAUCGUUAAGUGUACUUAUUGUCGAACAGAGUUCCAACAGGAAAGCAAAUCAAGUGUUAUUUCCAUCUGCAAGAAGUGCGAACAAAAUGUCAAACAAUAUGGAAAGCCGUCUGCAUGUGAUUAUUGUAAUAUCAUUGCGGCUUUUAUUGGGUCGAAAUGUCAGAGAUGUGCCAACUCGGAGAAGAAAUAUGGACCACCACUGACUUGUGAACAGUGCAAACAAAGGUGUGCUUUUGACCGAAAAGAUCCCGAAAGCCGUAAGAAAGUUGACGGCAAACUGUUGUGUUGGUUAUGUACGCUGUCAUACAAGAGAGCUCUCGCCAAAGCUAAACAAAAUGACAGCUCUAUCCGUCACACAUCCAUAUCUGCACUUAAAAGUAGUUCUCGGUCUUCAAGUAGACAUCACUCCAAAGAUGAGCUUCGGUCACACCAUAAGCACCACCAUAACCGUCAUUCUGUACCUCAAAACAGUUCCAAUUCGACGGCCACUAAGAAACCAAGAAUUGACUUAACUAAGCCAUCAAACGGCACUGUCUCCAAUGUGACCAAUUCAUCGACGUUGACCACUACAUCAUUGGACUCAGCAAUGGACCCCAACUCAUCCGAGACGAUUGCUACUGUGGCACAGCUUAGGGAACAGAUAUUAGCAUUGAAUAAACAAAUAGAGAUUAAGAAAAAGGAGUUAAUUCAAAAAGAUGUUGAGAUGAAUAAAUUGCGUUCAGCGCACAGUCAGGAAUUGCGUGAACACAGAGAGAAAAUUACUGAAUUGCAGCGCAAACACACCGAUAAGGUUCAGGACUUACAGCAAAAAAUAGCACAACUGUCCAAACAGAACGCCUCCCUCUCGAAAGCGGCUAAAAAGAGUGCGGUCACACCCAGUAGUAGUCCAUUACUAUGAGGCAAUCCAUUUGUUGACCAUCAGGUGUAUGCCUUCUCUCAUGUCUUUAAUAAAAUCGAUAUUAAAGCUCGUCUUGAAUGUUAAGAAUCACUUAAAUAAUGUAUUUCUUUAUUUUUAAGAUUACAUGGCUUUGAUCGGCGACAAUGAACUGUGAGAGAGUGCCAGACC